AAAUGAGCAAGCUGCAAAAUCCAGCCAAGGUGGCACUGAGGCAAAAGCUCAAAUCCGCCCUGGGCUCCAUGAGUGUUAGCUCUAGAGCUUCCCAAUCAGAAAUUGUUACCAAAAAGCUAUUCCAACUACCAUUCUACAACAACUGCAAACGGAUAAGCAUCUACCUAAGCACCGAACGGGAAGUGAGCACUGUUACUUUAUUACAAGAAAUGUUUCUCCAACGCAAGGAGAUUUUCGUCCCAACAUACAACCGAACCACGAUGCGGAUGGUGAAAAUCACCAAUAUGGCCGAUUACGACAGUCUUCCGACGACCAGCUGGAAUAUCAAACAACCGAACUUUGACAGCAGCAAACGGGAGGAUUGUCUAGCAACAGGACUGGACCUGAUCAUUCUACCAGGAGUGGGAUUCACUCGCAGCGGUCAUCGCCUGGGACACGGUGGUGGCUAUUACGAUCGUUUUCUCCGUGAAUACUUUGCAAAGUUUCCAAACUCAUCGUCAUCCAGUGGAGCCGCAGUCCGAAAAACCUACCUCGUAGGGAUCGCCUUCCGUGAACAAAUCGUUCCCGAGGAUCAGCUACCAACCGAUGAGCACGAUUUUCCACUGGAUAUGGUUGUUUGGCCCGAAGCAACAGAAGCGAAUUAGAGUUGACCCAAGAACCGAAAAGAGGUGGAUUUCUUUCGUCGGAUUUAAAGCAGCCAACAGGAGUUUUAAACAAUACUUUUAUUUAAGUUUUUAUUCGUUUCUUUCGAGCUCACAAUUGCGCUUGUUUGUUCCUACAUGUUAACGCUACUAUCUAAGUAUGUACAAUAUCCAUUCGUUCGGUUUUAUCUUAAAGCACUAAAUGACUAAAUCACAAUAAAGUUAGCAGCGUUCGUUCUUUUA